AGUACUGUGUGAAAACUAGGUGAGGUUUUGGUUUUGGUUUUUGGCUCUGCGUUUGUGUUUCCAGGCGAUUUUCUCGAGAAAAGAAAGAUUUGUUGGGGAGGGGAAGGGAAAAUGGAGACAUCACUGAGGUAUACCUGCAAUUCAAGGUCUAUGAAAAUUCAUGCCAAAGAGAAGGUCCCUGUGAACUCGAGAACCCAUUUACAGUUUCAUGGAGAGCUAGAUACUGUAACUGGGGCCCCGAGUUACUUCUGUGGGAUGAUGAGAUACUUUUUCCCUGAGGUUUCAACAGGCCUUGCGGUAGGACUGCAUUAUGAUAAGCGCCAAAAGCUUCGGUGUCUUCUACGCGGGAAAAAAGAGUUUCCUGUGAGAACUGAUAAGCAUGUAACCUUUAAUAUUAAAGGGCGGUGUGAUCUUGAUCAAGACUUGAAUCAGAAGAACCCUAAAGGAGCUGCAGAAUUUGCCUGGAACAUUAUGAAUUUUAAGGAAGAUCAAGAUGUACGGAUCAAAGUUGGCUACGAAAUGUUUGAGAAGGUUCCUUAUAUGCAGAUUAGAGAAAACAACUGGACUUUCAACGCAAACAUGAAGGGAAAAUGGAACUUGCGGUAUGACCUGUAACUGCGUUUAGUUUUUCAUCAUCAUCAUUUGAGAAAUGUAUUUGAUACCACUACCAAUGAACACAUUUUAGUUCUAUCAAUUAAUUCAAAGUCAGAAAUCUUCCAGAUCA